CUCUCUCUCUCUCAGCCAGGAGACGCUGCGGCAAAAUGUCAUAUUUCCCAGGCAGCGCUCUCAGAGGACGAGCUCCCCUCUACUGUACACCUCCUACACCUCCUCCUGCUCCUCCAGCUCCUCCUGCUCCUCCUGAACUCUGCUGCAGCUUCUGCUCUCCGGGAAUCACUUCUCCUCCUCUUUCCUCUCCUCCCUCACUUACCGGAGGGUUUGUUACCGGUUUGUUUUGCGCACAGUAAAACUCUGCUGAAGUCUCCCGCUGAGGAUGAUGGGAGAGAGGGAACCAACAAUGGCUCAGCUUCUUCAUGUGUUAAUUAUCUGCAGCUGAAGCAGAACCGGAGCCGCAGAGGAUCUCCUCGUCCCUUCAGCUCUCACUUUCUCUCUGGAAGAGCUCCUGGAUGCGGACUGUCCCUCCACUGACGGCACUAACGCGGGCAGCAGCGGUGCGUCGCCGCCGUGCGUAAAAACCUCCCGGCUCAACCUCUCCAAAACCCCGGGCACCGACAGACCCGUCUCACCUCCUGUCUGACUGUCGUUAAAACGGACCACCAUGGAUGUGUUCAAGAGCCGGCUGUUGGGGAUCUCCGUGGCCGUUGCGCACGGCGUUUUCUCCGGUUCCCUCAACAUCCUGCUCAAGUUCCUCAUCAGUAAUUAUCACUUCGGCUUCCUGACGCUCAUCCAGCUGCUGACCAGCAGCACCGCGGCGCUCACCCUGGAGACCCUCCGGCGGCUCGGCAAGAUCCAGAUCCCCCCCUUCAGCAAACAGCUCUCCAAGGAGUUUGGAUCAGUGUGCAUCCUCUCCACGCUGCAGUCCACUCUCACUCUGUGGUCUCUGCGCGGCCUCAGCCUGCCCAUGUACGUCGUGUUCAAGCGCUGCCUGCCGCUCUUCACACUUAGCAUCGGCGUGUGUGUGCUGAGGAACGGUGUGCCGUCCGUCGGCGUGGUGACCGCCGUCAUCAUCACCACCGCUGGAGCCGCGCUGGCUGGUGCUGGCGAUCUCACCGGUGAUCCUUUCGGUUACGUCACUGGCGUGUUGGCGGUCAUCAUCCAUGCCUCUUACCUGGUCGUGAUCCAGAAAACCAGUCUGGACAGUGAAUACGGGCCGCUCACGGCACAGUACGCCAUCGCCGUCAUGGCCUCUCCGGUCCUCCUGGUGUGCUCGAUCAUCUCCUUGGACACCAUCAACAUGUGGUCGUACGAGGGCUGGAAGGACCCCCACAUCACUGUCAUCUUCGUCUUCUGCGUCUUCAUCGGCUGUGCUAUGAACUUCACCACGCUCCACUGCACCUACAUCAACUCCGCCGUCACCACCAGCUUUGUUGGUGUGGUCAAGAGCAUUGCCACCAUCACCGUCGGCAUGCUGGCGUUCAGUGAUGUUGCACCAACCGGGCUGUUCAUCGGCGGCGUGGUGGUCAACACCGUUGGCUCCAUCAUCUACUGCGUGGUCAAAUACUUCGAGACGAAGAAGAAGAGCUUGUACGAGGACCUGGAGGAGGCUGGGAAGGAUGGUGAGCUACCUGGCGAGCCGUAUCAAGAGAAACCACCACUGAAUGGCGACGGACCUGUGGAUGGCACUGGAUCUGAUCCGGGAAAUCCGGAAAUAGAGGGAGUGUUGAGCAGAGACGGGCAGGAGGCGGAGGCACCGGCCAGUUUGGCAAACGGAGAGGUGUGGACAGGAGAGGCGGGUGUGAAUUCUUGUGUCAUGACGGAAAAAGAGGUGCUGGAGAUGCAGAGAGAGCACCUCCAGAAGGAGAACACCACCUCCAGUCAGUCUGUUAGUGACAGCUAUGUCGGGGUGUGGAGGUCCAUCAGACAUCUGCAGUUCAUGAAGAAAGAGCCUUUGAUUGAUAACAUGGAGCAGCAGAGUCCGUAAGGGUGGGACAGAGACCUGGACAGACUAUAAAAAUCAAACUGGGAACGAAUUAGAGGAUAAAAAAGUUUAAAGAAACCAGAGACGGGCAGAAUUAAAAAAACGACAGACUACAGCUCUGCGUCCACCGGGAACCUCUUUGGUUAGCAGUGAACAGAUGCUUGUUGGAAACAUGUUUGCUCCUGUUGCUGCGAUACCUCAGUGAAAGCUUUGUGCUAAAAGUUCAAUUUUAUCACACAAGGCUUUAAAUACAAAGCUUUACUAAAAGCAAGAGACACAAAGUCUUUCUCUGUGUUUAUGAGGAUAAAGAAGAAGUUCCUGGUGGAGAAAAGUGGAGAGUUUUGGGAGAAGCUGCCUGUCGGUGAUAAAUUCUGCCUCUCAGCUCGUAAAGCUCGGUGGCGUGCAGCGGAGGCCAGGCUAGCCAUGGUGUAGCAUGAUUUGGUUUGCGUCCCCACCGAUUAGCCAGCUAGCCAAACAAAAGCAGGUCUUGUGAAAAAAGAGUGCAUCUUGUGCAGACAUGUUUCUGUUUUGUUGUAUGAAACCUGGGUGAAUUUUUGUUUCUGAUUGACUGGAGGGAACCUUUACAUGUGCAUCAGAUCACUUGUAAAAGCAUGCACCGACCACAAAACGUUAACUAUGGCUCUGUCACACUGGGUUUGUUUGUUUGAGUCUGAGUAUGAUUGUUUGUUUGCCUCUCUCGAACCCUGCAGGUCCAGUCACUUGUUUACUGUUUAUAGACAGAAAUAACGUAUCAAGGGGAAAUUGAGUCAAAAAUAAUAAUGUGGCAUCAUGUUGUGUUUCAAUUGUGCUCAUACAUCAGUGAUAUAUUAUUUGUUUGUUCCUGUUUCCUUCCUGACACUGCAGUUGUGGCGCUAAUAAAGCUAUGGUCACACAGUGGCACUGCAAAAUUCAUCCAUACAAAUCAGGAUAAUAAGUGACAAUAGGUCAAAAGACUAAAAUUUUUCAAAAGAUAAUUUUAAAAAAUCUAUUUAAUUUUUAUUCUGUGUACCCAAACCUAAUGCACGUCAUAUCCUUCUGAGUGUGGCUCUUCAGGCUGCAAUGAUCAGUGACAAAAGGAGUUAAAUGAAGGUUUUAAAAUGAUUUUAAAUCGAGAAAUAGCAACAGAAACUUGCUGAGCACUGACAAUUUUUGAUAAAUACCCUGUUUGAUGGUCUGUGACGUCUGAGCCCUGAUUGCUUGCCAUCCUCUAACAUCCAGUCAGAGUAAAAGUUCUGUGGUUUGGACCGUAUAUUGAACAUUUCAGCUCCAAGCUCGAUCUUGUGUCUUCAACCUCCAGAUUUCUGUGUUUAACUCUAUGCCGGAAACAUUAAUCUCCUCUCCCUCAAAUAAAGAAAAAAGCUACAGGCUGCUUGAAGAGUUUGGAGAGAAAAAGCUGUCAACCGGUGAUAUUGAUUAAUAUUGAUUUUUCUUCUCACAGUCCCCAAACUUCAUUUAUCGGUGUAAAAGAUCUGAUGUCCCCUCGAGCUGCAGCAGACAGGGUGUGUGCUGUUUGAGCAGCCCGGUUCAGACGUUAUUCUGAAGAUUUACUAAAAAGAUAAAUAUAGUUGUUAAAGCAUGAUGUGAUUUGUUUGGUGUGUCAGGUGUUAAUGAGUCAGUGGGCACCACCAAGAUGAACUGAUAUGUGAUGUGUUAUUGUCAAGGUUUUGGACAUUGUAGGAAGGGAAAACACAAAUAUUUACCAAACCUGUAAAACUGAGUUACUUUAAUUCCUGCCUUUUGGACUUUUUGUAAAUGUGAUUCAAGAUGUAACUUGUGUAAGUUAACUUACUGAAGUUAGGAUUUUUUCCUAAAAUGAACCAAGUAGAAAAACUAAACUUAAACAAACUGCGACCAUUUGGCAAUGUGCAUGCAAGCUUUAUUUUGAAAGUCUAACUCAGGGGUCUGCAAGCUGCAGCUCUGGAGCCACUUGUGGAUCUUUAGUCCCAAAUUCCACCGGGCACAACCAACGCAUUCUGGCUCCACUGCGGUCGGCAGAAAAGAUCUAUACAAUGCUCGAGAGACCACCAGAAGCAUCUUACUGCUCUGCUCCUUGUAGAAUACGGCUGCUCUGUUUUUGAUGGAAGCUGCCACCCACUCGUGUCAAGCAGCACAGAUCAGAUCUCAUUAGAAACACGUAGAAAGAAUCUUGGCAAUUUUCACAAAAAAAUACUGCGUGCAGACUCCGGAUCAAAUUUCAUGCUACAUCAAGUCAGUCAGAGGAGAUUUGAAGCAGAGAAACACACCGUUUGUUUCCUUUUCAAGGACAAAAUUUACAAGUCAACAAUGUCGGGCAGGAAGACGCUCUGAAACGCUCUCGGUGGGAUUUGCAGAUCACAGAGCCAAACCACAUUGUAAAGCACCAUAAAAAAAAUGAUACGUAGCCUAAAUAAAUAAGUAUUUUUUCAUCAUUGUUGAUUCUUACAUUCUCCAGUUGUAUAAAUGCAUAGCUACUACAGUCUUGAGUCUCCCUUGGUAGGCCAGCUAUGGAUUCCAAAUCUAAAAAAAGAAAAUUCUGCUGAAUCUGUGGCAAUAAAUUAGCAUUAUAAGGCUCAAGUGUGUUUUGCAGCCAAAAAUGUCUCCUCCUGUAGUACAGGCUGCUGAUUCCUAUACAUUUUUCAUUACAUCUUGAAUUUCCCUCAGGAUAAAUAAAGUAUCUAUCGAUCUAUUCAUUUUAAUUAUAUAUUUAUUAUUAAUAGAGUCCAGAGGGAAACCUACAGCUUCAGAUUCUGAUUGGAAGUGAGACCGUGUUGUUUCCAUAAAACAGAGAAAAUAAGCAUUUAGCCUUAUUUCACAUCCACAACUUCCUGAUAAUUUCCUAUAAUGUUUCCUGGAGAAGAAGAAGCGUUUAAUUUAGUACCAAUUACAGGGAGCAUGGAGUUUUCAGUUAAUACUCUUCCAGUUAAUUAAUUCCAAUGAACUGCUGCCAUAAGCUCUUUUAAUCAGCGGGUCAGAAAUGUAGAAUUUGUCUAAAGGCAAGCAUACGGUUCAACAAAUGUAGAGAAUAAAGUCUCCAAUAAUCAGAUGGGUUUAAAUAGAUAUAAAGCGGAAUUACGCAGUUCUUUCCAGGACUCUUCCUAGAAAUUACGGUGAGACUGUGUGCGGAAGAAGUUCAGAAUUACCUGUGUUGAUGUCUAUAAGUUGUUUUCUGUCUGUAAAACUAAUUGGAGCUCCAGUGAAUGUACCGUAUACAAACUGAAAUGAUUUGCAGUGACACUUUGGAAAGCAGUUAUCAGUUCUGAAGAUGGACACAGCGACAUGUUGAAGGCAAAUAAACGGCCUGGUGUCAGGAAACUUUGUGAAAUGAGCAGCUGGCUUUAAAAAGAGAUGAAAUGUGUGUUGUGCAUGAAAAAUCAAGUUUCUACAAGACGUUUUCAUGUAUUUGUUGACCAAAAUAAAGCUAAUCUCUAAAACCAUAAAUAUAUUACAGGUACGUUGUCUCUGCACACUCACAGAAUUCACAGAAUCAGCAGCAUUGAUCUGUUCGUUCUGUAUGGAUGAAUCUAUUUUUCAUGUCACAGUGCUGUAAAUGCUCAUUUCACAGAUUUCUGCCAGGCUGUGCAGAAAUAAAAUGCAUCAUUUCUGAGUGAUGGCAGUUUAUAGGAACCUUUUUUUAAAGAGUACCAUUCAGAGGAAUAAUGUUGCAGUGUUCCUUUAUGCUUUUUUAUUUGCUUUUUAUGAAUUUACAGUCUCUUUGGAGUGACACUGAGACCUGCAGGGACGCUAAUGUGCUAAUGUGCUAAUGGUUUCUAAGAAGCAGUCAGUCACAUUGACAGCUCGUCAUUGACGAGGUCAGUGAGGUCAGUUCCUCAACGAGAACCACACACACUCUUUGUACUGUUCUUGUGAGGACCUUUGUUAACAAUCCUCACUGGAACCCAGACUAGAAACAGGUAGUGGACUAUAAACUGGUCUAAGGUUUAGGUGGAAGUAAACGAUCCACAAUUACCGAGCUGUAUCACUAAUGAGGGACAAGAAAUUAACUUUGGACCAGUUUUUUCUUACAAAUACGUCUUACUGUAAUUCCACUAUUUAAGUAGUAUGUAACUAGUAAUGUAACUAGUUACAUUUUCAAAUGAAAUAACACAAUUACUGAUAUUUAAAUAGACUCGUUACUCAUUAAAGUGGAAGACAAACGCAGUGUAUCGCAUUGAUUUUCCAGUUGAUGAUCUCACCGAUCUCACGGUGGCCCACACAGUUCAGUUUAUACAUUUAAUUAUUAUUAAAUACCGACGCAGCAAAGCUCAGUUUGUGUACAUACGUGGGAGUCUUCUUCUGAAUGCCUGAAUUGGUCCAAAAAGGUGCCAGAACCUCUAAUUCAGCACAAUCCUAAUCCCUCACCUCAACCACAGCAUACCCCUAACCCUAAUUAUUUCUGUUUUUUAUCCUUUUUCACAUUUUUACUGCUGUUUCUGUUUCUCAGCUUUAAGACUUUUUAUAUGUUCAGGUAACUAAUUAAAACCAAACUGAUGAACUGAAGUGAAUUAGUGAUAAAACCCACAUGCACAAAGUUUAUGUAUAAUCCAUGACAAUGAAGAUAUAGAAAAAUAGAAAUGCAAACAAAGCAUAUUGUCAAUAUUUUAGACCUCCCCCGUCAUGUUUUCAGGAGCUUGUGUCUUUUUAGGAGGCGACUCGUUCCUUUAAAGAAAUAAAAACAAUCAGACAACAAAUGUUUUUUGCCCCGUAGCAGAAAGAUAAUGACCUUUCUCUAGAGGUUGUACACUGCUAAGACGGAGUAUGGAGGUAGGUAUUUAACACGAGUGUAAAUAAAUAACUUCAACAUUCACACAGAUUCCAUGUUUCUGUCAGUUGCUGAGUGUUGACUGCGAUUAACCUAAAUAUCGAAAAUGUAUUCAGUUUAACUCUACCAUCACGAGAGAGCAUAAAAUCACUAAUAAUAAUAAUAUAAUCAUUAUAUAGUUUUUAUAGUGGAUAUAUAAGAGCCUAACACCAUAAAAUUUAACAAAUGGAUCCAAAAUGAAUUUACUUCCAAAUCCCCGACACAUAAAUGUUGGUUCUGGUGCUUUUACCUAAUUAUAACCUUUAUAGCAUUAACUCUCCUUGGUCCUCACAAAUACAGUUAAAUCCUCUCCAGGGUGAAACUUCCAGCCCAAUACGAGCUGAGAAACAAUAAUUCCCUGGUUGGUUUUUAUUACUUAUAAAAUUAUGUUUUUAUUUAUUUGCCCGUUGUUGAGUCUGGUUUGUUCCUGAGAAGAAAAAGAAAAUGUGUGUGUGGUGAAGUGAAAGGAACCAUCUGCUCUUCAGUUUGCAUGUUCAAUGCAAAGUCAACUCAAAUCUCAUUUUUUAUAAAGAAAUCUCUCAGUAG